AUGACCAUCCCAAAGCUGCAGGAGUUGCCGGUCCCUCAUGGGGACCUGGUCAACUACAUCCACGAUCACCCAGAGAAGAAGAUGGUUGAUAUCUUGGGGCCUUACCGCAAGUAUGAAGCUCAGCUUCGAUCUGUCUUCGCCCAAGAUCGACAAAACCCUGCCCUCGCUGACCCCCAUAUCAACCUGUUGCCCCUCUUCACCGAGGAUACCAAGAACAUCAAGACACGCGCCCGAUUUCUCGCCGCCGAGACCCAGGAGGAGAAAGACCGCUACAUCAUGGUCCUCCCGGACGGCAAGCGCCGUCCCGAUGGCUCUCCUGCCGUGGUCUCCGGUAUCACAGAGUUCCAGAAGAACUUCAACAUUUUUUCUGAGUCUUCCCUUAUCGACAUGAACUGGGACAACGUUGUUGCUGCUGGGUCAUCCGUCAUCGACACCCUGCUGCCAGUUCCGCCCGAAUUCAACACAUCCAAACGCAAGCUUCGCGAGUACUACCACGAGAAGUUCUGUCCGGCGUCUGACGUUGACCUGUUUCUGUACGGUCUCACCCACGAAGAGGCUAUCGAGAAGAUCAAGGAGAUCGAGGCUUCAGUCCGCGAUGCUAUUCUGAGUGAGGUCACGGUUGUGCGCACGAAAUAUGCCAUCACCAUUGCCUCUCAGUACCCCACCCGCCACAUUCAGAUUGUUCUGCGUGUAUACAAGUCUGUAGGUGAAAUCCUCACCGGAUUUGACAUUGACGCAGCAGGUGGCGCCUACAACGGGAAGCAGGUCUGGGUUACGCCCAGAGCCCUGGGAAGUUUCAUCACUCAAGUCAACCAAAUCGACCUCACCCGCCGAAGUCCCUCCUACGAGAACCGGCUUUCCAAGUACAGCCACCGCAACUUCGAAAUUUACUGGCCCGAGCUUGACCGCAAACGCAUCGAUCCCACCAUCUUCGAGCGCAGCUUUCAAAGGACGCUCGGCUUAGCAAGACUCCUGGUCCUGGAACGACUCCCCACACAAUCUGUCCGUGAGACGUACCUUAACCAGAGAAGACAGGAGAGAGGCCGUCCGAUGGCGAACCCCUUCAACCCCCAUCGCCUGAAUGGGAACAUCAAAGACAACUACGAGGACGAAGUUGCGGACUGGGUUGACGAAAAUGAUGUCUCCAAUUAUCACACUUUCACUGUUCCAUACGGUCGGUACUUCCAUGCAAAGAAGAUUGAAAAGCUUUGCUACACUCGAGAUCUGCUUCUGAAUGCCGAGUGGAACCAGCAUGAGAACAGGGAGGUAUAUCUCCACCGGCAUCCCGCCUUCUUCGGUCGAGUUGAGGAUGUUAUUGAAGAUUGCUGCGGCUGCUGCCCAAAGCCUGUCACGCCUGAAGAGCUCGAAGUAGCCGAGAAGGAAGGCGAGAUCUAUAUCUCUGGCACAGUCUCCUUUCUGAUUGAUGAUCCCGGUCGGCAACAGAUCGGUUCCUUCAACCCCUUAACCGAGGACGACUGGACCGACAUGGCAUACGUGGGAAACACUGCUCGCUUGUGCCAGAGCAUCGUCGAUGGCGAUGUCGAUGAGGUUCGCGAUUGGCUGUCACAGGAGGGCGCCGAUCCUAACAAGCGAGACUACACUGGACGUACGCCCCUCCACCUGGCGGCGACCAGCUCCACGCCCGAAGUCGUGCGUUGUCUUGUCCAUCAUGGGUCCCGUCUGACUGCACGCCUUGCCGACGGCAGGACAGCGCUGCAUCUCGCUGCCGAGCGUGGGAACUCCGACAUGAUCAAGAUCCUGAUGGACAAGAGUAACCUAAACGAAGCUGAAGAAGAGGAGAAGGCCGACCGCCGUCGCAAAGAAAUUCAGGCCAGGUCGCAGCAUGGCUCUGGCUCGCAGAAGAUACCUAACCGGGUCGACGAAGACAUGGGUGCGAAGGGUGAUGAUGAUUCGGGCGAAGCUUCUGACAUUGAGGUGAUCGACGCGGGCAACACCGAAGCAGAUGAAACUUCUAUUGCCACUGGUUCGUUCGUUAAUGUCCAGGAUGAGAACGAGAAGAGUAUGGAAGAUCUCGUCCUGGACGAGACGACCGAUGGACCCGAUUUCUACCAGAUCGACGUCUUGGCUUGGGACGUACCUUGUUCACCUCUUCAUCUUGCCAUCUCGGAAGGGCAUGAAGAUGCUGUCAAGGUUCUUUGCGAUUACGGCAGCGACGCUCUUCUUCCCGUGAAAUUUCUCGACUCAAACAAGCAGCCCAAGGCGGCUAUCUUGACGCUGGUACUUGCGCUGUCACUUCCUAUCGAAAAGGCCAAGUCGAUGGCUCUUCUACUGAUGAAGCUUGGCGCCAGCUCAUCCCAAGCCGACAUGGAUGGUUGUACUACUUUCCAUCGGUACGUUGAGAACGGCAACCGGGAGAUGAUUGACACACUGUGGGAGAACGACAAAGUUGGCCUCAAGACCGCGCUGAACCACAUGGUUUUUGUUGACUGCCGGAAUCCUGCGGCAAUUGCGCCUAUCCAUACUGCGAUUGAGAAUGGUGAUUCUAUCCUUGUCCUCAAAUUACUGGAGGCUGGGGCCAAUCCCCAAAUCGAGUUCGAUACGUGGCUGAAGGCGGCUCAGUUUUCCAAGGCGUCUGGCAACCUUGGUUCAUAUGAGAACAACAAAAGGCAGUUUAACGCAUGCAACGAUCAGCCACUUAUCGUGGCGAUCCAGAAUUGCUCUGACCCCGAGGUGGCCAUAAGCUUGGUCGAAAAAGGGGCGGAUCCCAAUACAUUGACAAAGAGCUCCUAUUCUGCUAUCGACCAUCGGCACCUGAGACAUUACCACAAGGGUCAGACUGCACUUGACCUUGUCCACCAUCAGCUGGAGUGUCUUCGUAGUUACACGACCGAGAAAUUUACCCAGCCGAAGCCCGAGCUACCUUUGAGAAUGGACGAGUAUCUCCAAAAGUAUGAAGCAGGAUCUUACCAACACUGGCAGGUAUCGGAAAACAUUCAUUGGCUUAAGAUUGACCAUAAGACACAACAAGAAUCCUACGAAAAGAGGAAAAAAGAGCACGACGAGCGCAAAGGCACCAUCGAGAAGACGCAAGCCAUCAAGGAGGCCAUCGCAUCGCUUGAGAAGCUGGAGAAAGCCAUCAUCGCGAAAGGAGGCAAAACGAUCGAGGAAUUGUACCCUGACCUCAAGUUCCCUGACAACGGGAGUCCUGACAACAGGUUUUCGAACAGCCACACAUUGGAGAUGAAGAAGGUCAACGACUACGGCUUUGUGUUCUCCUUCCCUGGUGCUACUGAUGUAACUGAAGCUAGGAAGUCUGCGUACUUGGAGCUCUUCGAGGCCGCUUGGUCGGGUGAUGUCGAGAAGAUCAAAUCGUUGACGCUCCAGGCCUGGGGCAAGAACCAGGAGGAGCCGCCACUGAACAUCUCAGUGAACGACAGUGAUGGCAACACCCCGUUUUCAUUGGCUUACCUCCGAGGCCACCAAGAUGUUGCAUCGGUCAUCCUGGAGAUUGUCAUGGCCCAGUACGCACCGGAGGAUCAGGAAGCAACGCGAUACAAGUUGGAUACUGGCCACUCCGAGGAUAAUGACGACGAUGAGGCGUACAAGAGCGAUGUUGACUCCACCGAUGACCCCAAGAUCAUCUCUGAAAUACUCGACAAAAAGUUCACCAUCGACAACAUUGGCCAGGUUUCAAUGCAGGUCAAGUCCAUUGUCAAGCCCUUGGAUUUUCUAGCCUGGAAUGUUCACACCUUCACGAUCGAGGACGACAAGGCCAUAAGCCACGAACCCAGACAGACUUUGUUCAAGUUCGUUCUGCAACACGACGAUCAUGCCGGGUUGAAGACGCUUCUUGACAUGGCUAGCCGUUUUUCUGAACAGAAGCUUGUCGGCAGGGUUACUGAUGAAGAUGAUAUAGAUGGGCACUUCUCGUUCCCCGAGGACGACUUCCUCUGGGCUGUAAAGAAUGGAAAGACUGCAGCUCUUGCAGAGAUCAUCAGUCGAACCGGUGCCGGAAUUCCCCUUGACGACCUGGUCAAGAAGAGUGGAGUUGAGAUGAAGCAGAAGCGGAAGUACUACCAGGGUCUCACGGUUUACGGAAUGAAGAGGAAGGAUUGGGCAACGGCCGGACGAAACACGGUGGUCCGGUCAACUGGAGUGAAGACACCACCACUUCUCCACGCUGCAGCUGCCGGGAACAUCCAGAGCGUCGAAUGGUUCCUCGGCGAUGCCCCUCAUCGACACUACGUGGAGUUUGGAAAGUCAAAAACAGCCCUCGAGGACUCGAGGCUGAAACACAUCAGCCAGGCACCUGGCGGCUUUGACCGGGCCAUCUCCAAGUGGCUGGGUAUCCAAAACGAACUUGCUCUCCAUUGUGCUGUGAUGGGUCCUCCAACAGACAAGACCAACGACGUCAUCAAGUAUCUCGUCCAGGCGUGCCCCAAUUCCCUCGAGUACAAAUCGACCCUCGGCGAUACACCUCUAUGGCUGGCCUUCCACUUUGGUAGACUCGAGUUCGCAAAGACCCUCAUCAAGGCCGGGGCAAACCAAAUGACACGUAACAAUUCUGGAGAUAACAUAAUACACGCGGCGCUGUUCGCAAUGCCGAGGGCCAGUGAUCUUGGUCCAGUUCUAGAACUCAUUGACCCCGGCAUCAUCGCUCACUUAUUCCAGCAGCGCAACAAUAUCCACGAGAGCGGGACGACGCCGUUACAUUCGUGGAUUACCGCCGUCUGCGACUCGCGCAAAACGUAUCCGCCCUACUACUACUUGUACAAGAAGUACGACAGCAACGAACAGAUUAUUGACGUCCUAGACUUGCUUCUCAAGCUUUCCCAUGGUGCUGAACUUGAGAUGCUCAAUGGUGCAGGCGACACGCCCCUCCACACUGCCGUCAUGUCCAACGACAAUCUCCUGGCCGAGGCUUUGGUCCGAUACAAGCCCAAGCUUCUCUACCGCGAGAACGCCGUCGGCCGCACCCCUGCCGAGAUCGCCCGCGAGAAUGUCACCGGUGAGAAGUUUACAGCACCGGGACCCGUUAGGCUCAACAGCGGCAAGAAUCCCACCGAUUAUGUCAACAGGCCCGUCGAAUCCUUUGUCAAGGCAGACGACGACAAGGAGAAUGGGAAGAACGGCUCUUCCAAGCUCUCCAACAAGCAAAAGGUCUGGGAAAGCAUACGCGUCUUCCUCGAACGACACCCGGACAAGCGCCGCCUUGUCUCCCUCAACGAGGCCAACGACGUUGCCAAGCGGCUGGGCGAAAAGUACAACAGGGCACGGUACUUUAGCAUCACAGCGCGUCAGGACGAAGACGCUGACCCGGCGGAGAAUAAGGCCGGCAAGGAGGACUUCGCGUCCAUGAUGCGAACCAGCGGCAGCGGGCGCACGUGGUCGUUAACCGAUCACAUGGAAGGCAUACCUGGGUGGUCGUGGCGUGGCAAGGGUACUCGCAAGAGUUGCCGUAGGCGAUGGCGAUGA